AUAUAAUCCAGGUUAGGAACAAGAGAAGAAAGAGAAAGAAAAGUACGUUGGGCAUGACGCUCACAAAACAAACCAGAAAUCGUUACAUUUACUGAACUCCAGACUUUUUCUGCAUUGGACCUUCUAGACUCCCCUCUUUCCCCACACCUAUUUCAAAACUAACUAACAACCCACCCCUUUCAUAUAUAAACCACUUCUUCUCCAUUCAAUACCCAUUCCACUUCAAAACAAAAACAUUAACCUAAAACAAAAACAUUAACCUAAAACAAAAAAUGCCACCAUUCGCAGGCUCUCUUCUCCAAUCUCAACCAAGAUCAGACUCCAACAUAGUCACCAUCGACGUCGGUGGCCAAAUGUUCCAAACCACUAAACAAACAUUAACCUCAGCAGGUCCCAAAACCUUCUUCUCUAGAAUCUCCCAAACCGAUUCCCCUUUCACACCUUUCAUCGACAGAGACCCUGAAAUUUUCUCUCUCUUCCUCUCUCUCCUCCGCACCGGUAACCUUCCCUCCAAAGCCAAAUCCUUCGACCUCCAUGACCUCAUCAUCGAGUCCCGAUUCUACGGCAUCGAAAAUCUCCUCGUGAAUUCCUUCUCCAACCCCUCUCAGUUAGAGCCUUUCAAUCUUCAGAAAUCGCUUCAGUUAGCGUUAAAUGGGAGAGACUCUCCUUCUUCCAUCGCAACCACCCCUUACGGUUCUCUUCAUGUUUCUCAUGGUAGCAAGAUCACCACGUUUGAUUGGUCGCUUCGUCGGAAAUCUACUAUUCUAACGCACUUCACCGCCGUUGAUUCUUUAUUUGCUUUAUCUCCGUCGCUUGCCGCUGCCGGUGCUAAUGACUUCUCCGGCCUGCAGAUUCUCGAUCUGGAAAAGGGUUAUGUGAAAGAAACGCUUAAUUGGGAGAACGUCACGAAAUCGGGAUCCACCGUUCAAGCUAUUGGAUCCUCCCCGGAGAAUAUGUUCGUCAGCUUUGAAUCCUCCCGGAGAAACUCCAAUUCUAUAGUCGUUUACGAUUUGAAUAGCUUGAGACCCGUAACUGAAAUUGGUCACAAUGAAAUCUACGGCGCCGAUAUUGAUUCAGCCAUCCCAGCCACGAAGUUGCAGUGGAUUGAAAGUCAUAAUUUGUUAAUGGCGUCCGGGUCUCACAGCGGUCCUUCCGGUGUUUCCGGUAAUAUUAGGUUAUGGGACGUUCGUUCCGGCGAGGUUGUAUGGGAAGUUUCCGAGAAAGUUGAUUGUUUUGCAGAUGUAACAGUUUCUGAUUCUUUGUCUGCUAUGUUUAAAGUCGGUGUGAAUUCCGGUGAAGUUUCUUAUAUGGAUUUGAAGAAUUUGGGUUCUGAGAAAAGCUCAUGGGUUUGUUUAGGUGAUAAGAGAAAAGUGCUGAAUGGUAAAAAAGAAGGGUUUGGUUACAAAAUUGAAACACAAGGGAAUCAAGUGUUUUGCAGUAAAGGUGGUGAUGUAGAACUUUGGUCGGAGAUUAUAAUGGGUUCUUCUAAUAACAGGAUUUUCAAGAAGAAUUUGAUGGGGAGAGGACAGGAUAUAGGAGGUGCUAAGAUUACCAAUUUGGCAUUUGGAGGAAGUAGAAUGUUCUUGACAAGAAAAGAUUUGCAAUGUGUUGAGGUUUGGCAGAGUUCUUCAAGGGAACUUUGAGUUUGAGAGGGUGAUUUUAUUCUUUUUUUUAUUUGUUAUGAAAACAUAGUUAGGAAGAAGCUUCAAUCUUGUACAUUUUUGUUCAGUUGAAAAUUGUUUUAAUAUUUUUAUCAUAGUGGAAAAUGCUGAAUUUCAAA